AUGGAGAUACUAUUCCUACUAGUUAUAGUCUUCUCAGCAAAUGCAAGCAAGGCGUUGCAUAACUUUGAAGCUGGUAUAACCACUGACAACAGGUUAUUUCGAGAGAAACGAGGAUAUGGCGGCGGUGGUUGGGGAGGAGGAGGGUCAGGAUACGGUGGAUGGACAGGCAAAGGAUGCGGCGGUGGAGGAUGUGGAGGCGGUGGCGGAGGAGGAAAAGCAACCGGCUAUGGAGGAUAUGAAAUCCAUCGAGUCUUCACACAUGCCAUGCACACUCUACCUGUUGAACAAGGUUUGACUAAAAUGAUUGAUCCUUAUCUUCAACAUCAGACCAACGGGACGGGCGGCAUUGUCAGUUCAGACGUUUUUGCGGAUACCGAAGAGGAAGACGACAAUAUGGAAAAGACAGUGGAAAGGAUACUACACCGCGUCGCUCCUGUGAGUCACAGAGCGCCACAAAAGAUUACAAUAGUCGGAACAGGUGCUGUGGGAAUGGCCUGCGCUUACAGUAUCUUGCAACAGAAUGUAUGCAGCGAACUGUGCCUGAUAGAUAUGUUCGAGAAUAAAGUGCAAGGGGAGAUGAUGGAUCUGCAACAUGGACAGUCAUUUAUUGGACGAUGCAUAAUCAAAGCAGAUACAAAGUAUGAAAUCACUGCUCAGUCCAGACUUUGCAUCAUCACUGCUGGUUUACGACAGAAAGAAGGCGAAACACGUCUUUCACUUGUGCAGCGUAACACGGAUGUGUUCAAGAAGAUUAUUCCGGAAUUGGUAAAAUAUUCGCCCGACACUAUUAUGUUGGUCGUUUCAAAUCCAGUGGACGUUCUUACGUACGUUACUUGGAAGCUAUCCGGAUUGCCGCAGGAGCGUGUCUUUGGAUCUGGGACUAAUUUGGAUUCCGCUAGAUUCCGCUUCCUCAUCUCGGAAAAAUUCAAUAUUGCUGCUUCGUCUUGCCAUGGAUGGAUUAUCGGGGAGCACGGUGAUUCCAGUGUACCUGUAUGGUCCGGAGUGAACGUUGCCGGAAUCAGUCUAGCGAAAGUGAGCAGGGAAGUGGGUAAAGAAGAGGAAGCCGCAUCGUGGGAAGCGGAUCUUCAUCAAAAAGUGAUCGAUAGUGCCUACAAAAUCAUCAAGUUAAAGGGCUAUACCUGUUGGGGAAUUGGGCUUUCAGUGGCAGCAAUAGCAAAGGGCAUCACAAGAAACUCCCAUAAGGUCUAUGCACUAUCAGUGAAUGUAAAGGGGAUUCACGGCAUUAACGACGACGUAUUUCUAUCGCUUCCUUGCGUUCUUGGAAUGAACGGGAUCACCCAUAUUGUUAGGCAGAAUCUGGUCGAAAAAGAGGUUGAGAAACUGCACAAUAGCUGGAAAACGCUUUACGAAGUGCAGAAUCAAAUCAAAUUCUAACUUUUUGUCUGUUAAAUAAAUUUUGGUUUUAAA